AUGAAACCUUCCAGAAUCUCAUUAAAGUCAGUUAGGCCACCAUUACCAAAGGCUACUGUCAAGCCAUAUCAAUUCCCUCCUUUAGCAUCUAUUAAAGCCGUAGACUUGCCAAAUAAUGGCUUUGGAAUCAAUAAUUAUUCUAUUUGCAAAACCAAAUAUGGACAUUGGCCAGUAUAUAAGAAGGUUCAAAAUACUAAGGUGACCACAGAAAUUAAGAGAAUAAGGGGUGAUGUUGAACAGUUUAAAAAUGAUUUAUUACAAGCACAUCCAGAAUUAAAGCCGGAAAAUGUCAUGGUGAACAAAGUGGCCGGUUAUGUUAAUGUGAAAGGUGACGUGGUCGAAGAUAUUAAACAAAUUUUCACUGAAAAUAUAAAAACCGUAUAA